UGCAGCGGUCCGGAGGAACACAUGAAUGAAUGAAUGACUGACUGACUGACUGGAAGAAGGCUCACCGCGGUCGGUGGGUCGGUUCCUGCAGACCUGUCGCUGUGAAGCAGGAGGUUGUUUGGGCGGGGGUUGCCCGGGCUCUUUCUCCAUAUAAGGGAUUGGGACGGGCCGACACAGUCAAGCAGCUCGGGUGCUCCUCCUCCUUUGAGACAGCGAGGAGAGAGAGAGAAAAAAAAAUUGAAAACUCGAAGUUUAUCGGCAGGUCCCGUCCUGUCCUGUGCUGUGCUGUCCUGUCCCGUAGCUGGACGGAGAGAUGUAGCUGAGGAACCCGCACUGUGAGCAAGAGCAAAGCAAGAGCAAGACGCGGGCCGCUCCUCGCCUCAGGAGCACACAACUCGUGUGCGGAGGGAGGAUGCGAGUGCGACCGCGGGGCUGUAGAGAGUAUUUUUGUUGUUGUGACCUCCCCUCCGCAGGACAAAAGCUGAGAGUGUGUGUGUUUUCUGGAGUCGGGCUGUAUUGAGGGAGGCCGACACUGGCUGGCUGGCUGGCGCCCAUGAAGUGAAGCGGGACAAAAUGGCGGCGGCGGCGGCGGCAGGAGCGGGGACGGCGACAGCAGUGGGGAUGGCGGGGACAGUGGGGGCGACGGGGACCCGCGCGGCUUUCAGCGCCGACUGCACCACCGCGGGCAGCAGCAGUCGCGGCGGCAAGAGUGCCGAGUCGAGGGACGAAGAGCCCGUCUCGGCCCAGAGGCAACUCGCCUCGUACAGGAAGCACCUCCGCAAAGUGAAGAGCGUCGAUUUCGAUGCCUCGGUGGAGAAGGAGCCGAGUGUCGGCGACCCGUGUCCCCAGGCUGAGCCUUGCGCCGAGCAGCCGGCACACGGCACCGGGGCAGCGGCAGCGGCAGCGCCAAGCUGUGGCGGCUCGGCUGGAGCUAUCCUCAUGGAUAUAGGCGCUCCGUUCAGUCGUGACAUCGAAAACAAGGAAACACUCAGAGGGUUCACGAAGAUGGAUGACCGCCCAGAAGAGCGCACCAUUAGGGAAAAGCUCAAAGUGACGUGUAUGCCAGCCUGGAAGCAUGAAUGGCUAGAAAGAAGGAAUAGGCGGGGACCUGUAGUUGUGAAACCAAUUCCAGUGAAAGCAGAUGGGGCAGAGUUUGGAAAACAAGUAGCUGAAGGUCAAACAAAUGCAAAUGCCUCUCCACAAAUGCAACGAGGAAGGCGCAGUCCUUCACCUGGUAGCUCAUCUUCAUCGGCCACAUCAUCGUCAUCAUCUUCAAAAAAUGUUGCAAAGUCCGAAUCUCCUGGUGCAAGAAGGAAAAGAAUAUCGCCAAUUCCUUUUCAGAAUGGACGUGUGACGCCUCCCAGGAGAGCUCCUUCACCUGAUGGCUUCUCACCUUACAGCCCAGAAGAAACUAACCGUAGAGUCAACAAAGUAAUGCGCGCACGACUGUACUUGCUGCAGCAAAUAGGGCCAAACUCUUUCCUAAUUGGUGGCGAUGUUCCUGACAAUAAGUACAGGGUGUUUAUUGGUCCUCAGACCUGCAGUUGUGGACGUGGAACAUUCUGCAUUCAUGUUCUAUUUGUUAUGUUACGAGUCUUCCAGUUAGAACCUUCUGAUUCAUUGUUAUGGAGAAAGACAUUAAAAAAUUUUGAGGUGGAGAGUCUGUUUCAGAAGUACCACAAUAGACGGAGCUCGCGUAUCAAGGCACCAUCACGUAGUACCAUACAAAAGUUUGUUUCCCGUAUGUCUAACUCGCAUAUAUCUGCUUCAUCCAGUACAUCUACAUCCAAUUCAGAAAAUAGCUUGAAGGAUGAAGAAGAGCAAAUGUGUCCCAUUUGUUUACUGGAUAUGCUGGAUGAGGAAAGUUUAACAGUGUGUGAAGAAGGCUGCAGGAAUAAACUUCACCAUCACUGCAUGUCAAUCUGGGCAGAAGAAUGCAGAAGGAAUCGGGAAACGUUGAUCUGUCCUCUAUGCAGAGCCAAAUGGAAGUCCCAUGAACUACACAGCCAUGAAUCUCAAAGUUCAAUACAGGUCCAGAAUCAGCCACAGGAAGUAGCUGCACAGAGACAACAGCAAGACAGUGACUUUAGUCUUCAUCAUUAUGGUGUCCAACAAAUUCCACACUCUUACAAAGAGCUGACGGAACCCUGGAUUCAGGUAUUUGGAAUGGAACUUGUUAGCUGUCUCUUUUCUCGGAACUGGAAUGUACGCGAAAUGGCAUUAAGACGUCUUUCACAUGAUGUUAGUGGUGCCUUGCUGUUGGCAAAUGGUGAAAUCCGUUCUGGAAGUUCCUCCUGUAUUAGUGGAAGUGACACUGGAUCUAGUCUAAUGGGAGCCAAUGGAGCAUCUCAGACUGAUAUCUCAGGAGACGUGGUGGUGGAAUCAUGUUGCAGUGUACUCUCAAUGGUCUGUGCUGAUCCAGUCUACAAAGUUUAUGUUGCUGCACUGAAAACCUUACGAGCCAUGUUAGUGUACACCCCUUGUCAUGCAGCAGGAGAAAGGCUGCAACUUCAACGUCUUCUUAGGCCAGUAGUUGAAACUAUAUUGGUCAAAUGUGCAGAUGCUAACAGUCGUACCAGUCAACUUUCUGUCUCUACACUGCUGGAAUUGUGCAAAGGCCAGUCAGGAGAACUUGCUGUGGGCAGGGAAAUUCUUAAAUCAGGGUCCAUUGGAGUUGGAGGUGUUGACUAUGUCUUAAACUGUAUCCUGGGCACCUCAAUGGAGUCCACAAAUUGGCAGGCUUUGCUUGGUCGCCUAUGCCUUAUUGAUAGACUUUUACUGGAAUUCCCUGCAGAAUUCUAUCCUCACAUUGUUUCUGGUAGUGAAGGUCCAGUUCCUCAAACAGAACUUGUGCUAGAAAGAUACAAGAAGCUACUGUCACUUUUGAACUUUGCACUGCAGUCGAUUGAUAAUUCCCAUUCAAUGGUUGGGAAAAUGUCCCGGAGAGUCUUCCUCAGUGCUGCACGAAUGGUUGCAAGGGUGCCUCAUGUUUUUUUGAAACUGAUACACAUGCUGAGUGUAACCAGCUCAACUCAUUACACACGUAUGAGGCGGCGCUUGAUGGCAAUUGCGGAGGAGAUGGACAUUCUUGAUGCCAUUCAGUUGGGUAUAGAGGACCUACAAACUGUGGAAGGAAGACAUGAUAACUUUGUGGAACCCUCGGCGCCACAUAACUCGCCAUGUGCCACAGAAAAUAAUUCCCCAGUCAACACUGUGCAGUUAUCGGGAAGACUAAUGAAAAGUUUGUUAAGUCCUGAUCAUGAUAUUAAAUCUGGUGUUCGAUCAGAUGAUGUGGGAGAGAUAUUAGGAAAUAAUUCUACGAUAAGACUUCCAUCAAAUUCUGUGUCCUGUGAACAACCAAAGACAGCCAUUCAAGCAUGUCCCAGGCCACUGAGUCAAUGUGUCAGUUCAUCAAUGACCCCAUUAAAUCAUUCCCAAUCUUCCUUCCCAUCUUUGCCUUCUCCUUCGUCAUCUAGUCCUUUAGCUGGGCAACUGGCUAUUGAAGGUUCCAAAUUAAGACCUCAGGGUUUUGUUCAGAGCAAACUUGCGUCGUCUUCCCCAAAAGCACAACGUAAAUUUUUUCUUCAGAUUCAAAACAACUGCUGUAAGGAUAUUGGAAUUAGAGAGACUGAAAAGCUGUCUCCAGUUUUUACCCAGGCACAGCCCCCUCCAUCCAGUCAGCUUCACAGACCAAAACCAUCUCGGCCGUGCCAAAGCGAAGCAGGGAAAUCGGCAUGUGACUUGACUAGAAGUAAUAUGAUGCUUGAACUAAAAGAUCUGACACUGAAUGAUCACUCCGGCAGCAAUCCGAUUAUUCCCAGUGAUGAAACAGUUUUCACUCCAGUGGAGGAUACAUUUCGCCUCAAUACUUCAGCAGAACUAAACUCUAGCAUGGAAGACCUACUUGAGGCUUCUGUGCCUGCAGGUGAUAGCACUGUUACCUUUAAAUCUGAAGUUGCUGUGCUCUCCCCUGAGAGGGCAGAGUCUGACUGUACCUACAAUGAUGAUGUUAAUCAGAAUAAAAAAUGCAAAGAAAAGAUGGAGGCAGAAGAGGAGGCAGCACUAGCUGUUGCCUUGGCUAUGUCGGCAUCCCAGGAUGCCCUUCCUGCUAUACCUCAGCUGCAAGUUCAAAAUGGAGAGGAUGUCAUUCUUAUACAGUUAGAUACACCAGAAACUCUACCUGGACACACUAAAGCAAAACUUGCUUACAGAGAAAGUGCUGAAUGGUUCAAAGGCCAACAGAUUGGGCUUGGAGCCUUUUCUUCAUGUUACCAGGCCCAGGAUCAGGGAACAGGGACAUUAAUGGCUGUGAAACAGGUGACAUACGUCAGGAACACAUCUACUGAGCAGGAAGAAGUGGUACAGACUCUAAGGGAAGAAAUCCGUAUGAUGGGACAUCUUUACCAUCCUAAUAUCAUUCGGAUGUUGGGUGCCACUUGUGAGAAGAGUAAUUAUAAUCUGUUUGUUGAAUGGAUGGCAGGUGGAUCGGUUUCACAUUUGCUGAACAAAUACGGUGCUUUCAAGGAACAAGUUAUUAUUAAUUACAAUGAGCAGCUGUUGCGAGGCUUGGCUUAUCUUCACGAGAACCAAAUCAUCCACCGGGACAUCAAAGGUGCCAAUCUGUUAAUUGACAGCACAGGACAGCGACUAAGGAUAGCCGACUUUGGAGCUGCCGCCAGGCUGGCGUCAAAGGGCACUGGUGCAGGUGAAUUCCAGGGACAGCUGUUAGGAACUAUUGCAUUCAUGGCACCUGAGGUGUUGCGGGGCCAGCAAUAUGGCAGAAGCUGCGAUGUGUGGAGCGUUGGCUGUGUUAUAAUUGAAAUGGCUUGUGCCAAACCACCUUGGAAUGCAGAAAAACACUCCAAUCACCUUGCUCUUAUAUUUAAGAUUGCCAGUGCAACGAGUGCGCCCACAAUUCCAAAUCAUCUGUCGCCAGCACUGCGUGAUGUGGCUCUCCGGUGCCUGGAGCUUCAGCCCCAGGAGAGACCUCCAUCACGGGAGCUCCUGAAACACCCGGUGUUCCGCACGUGGUGAAGAACACUGUCUGAGAAGAAAGCUGUGCCAAGGGAAACUACUGAAACAAAGAAAUGCUCAAGUGUUGGCCUGCAAUGCAUUGUAGAGCUACACAAACAGAUGAACUGGCCGCAAGUUUGAAGUAAAAGCAGCAAAGCCAAACGGAGCCUGUGUCUCAGGAAAUGACUACCACACAAGGAUCUAUAUCUUUAAAAUAGUAUGCAGAUGUUCUGUUGUUGCUUGUAAAAGUUGUGCCUUUUUAUCGAUUUAGACUUGUUCUUGUUGGCCAGAAAUGUAUUUUGGAUCUGCCAGUUAAAAGCUAUCUGGCAGUUGUGAGAACAUUCUUCCAUUGGAGCACUUUUUCAGCUAAUAAUAGCAGCUGAGGGGCUCCUGAGAGUUUUUGCUGUGUUAAACUGCCACUGGAUUUGGUUAUGCUUUUUUGAAGUAGCACAAAGGAUUUGUUAACAUUGCCAGACUCCCCUUCAUUUACAAAAAUGUUCUGGUUAAAGUUUUAUUUCUGGGUUUUGUGCUGAGAUAUUUGGGGGUAGAUUUUCCACUUUGAGCGCAAUCGGCCCACUAAUGUAAAUUGCGCAUAGAAUUGCACUAGAGUUUGAAAUUGGAUAUUAUCUGCUCAAGUUUCCAAUCAAUAUAAGUAAAGUCCAUCGUGAACCAUAACAAUCCGGCAGCAUUUUAGACGGUGAUGUUUUCUAUUUUGUGUACACAAGUUUAAAUGUGGUAACCUAAUACAAUUUUCAUGCAGCUGAGAAUAAGUUUGGUUUUUAAAAGAAGCAAAAUAUCUCAACGUGUCCCAUCCCCAGGUUCAAAUCACUGAAAAAGGCUCUGAUAGUUUAAUUGUUAAACUUUAAUCAGUUUUAUAUUUAGUUUCAAAAAGAUGUCUAUUGUUGCCAUCGUGCCUUAAUUUUGAGGGCCUCCUCAAAGCCCCACAAACAGAUGCAGUCAGUGAAAGCUUGUUGUAUUAAAUUGAAUCACUGGUUUUGUGGGUGGAAUCAUGUUUGGGGUGCUUUAUUUAAACUAGCACAAAAGAUUGCAAUUUGAACUUGAUGUAAUUUGCACUUGAAAUUUCUCAAUCUUCUGUGCCAUUUUGGACGUUUUUGGUAAAUUUUAAAGCUGGGAGAAAUCUGCGCUGACUAGGGGAAAUUCUACCCUAUGUUACUUUCAGCAGUCUACUUGAGUACUUAUUAUAGGUUUUCAAUGUGAAGACAGUGAAUUUGGAAAAUCAUUUCAGCUGAUUGGGCAGUUUACUAGAAAGGUGCCUGCUGUAUCUGUCCAGUUUUAGUGGACAAGUUGUCAUUGCUAGUAGUUACAAGGAGCUCUGUGAUAUUGAUUUGGGAUUAAUUUGUUUAAUAUUCAGGGAAGGGUAAUUUUCAAAUAAGAAAUUAUGUGUAGAGGUUUUAUACCACAAUUCAGCCAUUGAGAUAAAAAAAAUAUUAAAAAUGUCCUAUUUCUUUUAAAAUGCUGAACAAAUAGCUUUUGAAUUCCAUUGUCAAAUAAUCACAAUGAUCUUUGUGGAAAUUUGGCUGUUUCACUUGUACUACUCUAUUCGACUUCAGUGUGUAAAUAUUUCGGUCAGUUGAACUUGCUUUUGUUUACUGCUAUAUAAUUCUGGGAUCUGUGCGAGAAAGUCUUAUUUCUUUGCUUUUCUGAACACAAAAGCAAAAAAGUUAUUUGAAACUUGAUCUGCAGAGUUUUCAUUGUUAUCAUAUUUCUUAGAAUUCAAAUUAAUUUCUCCCCCCAUGUAAUGUAUUUAAUAAUGAUUUUAGUCCAGCUGAUUUGCCCUUCGCUACAGAAUUAAAUGUUCACCAUUCAGUCAGCAAUCUGCUUCAAAAUGGCGUUGAUUUAAAUACUGACGAAUCUUGGAUGAAAACAUGCUUAUUGAAAAAUUACAUGUAACACCUUGAUCAUUAUUAAAUUUUAAUUUCUGUUACUACUUUUUCCUUAAACUAAAAGGAAAAUCGUUUGAAUUGGACGCAUUAUUUUAUUGACAUGAUCUAAAUGUCAACUUUAAAGAUAUUCGGUUUCAUCUUCACAUGAAAGAAACAAUACAUAUUGAUGUAUGUAUUUAAAUAGCAAUUGGAUUGACAAUUGAAAAUAUUUUGCAGCGAUCACUGUUUUAAAGUGGCAAAACAAAUUCCGAUUGACAUCAAAAUCUCAGUUGUCUAAAUUCACACUGAAAGUGGCAUUUUACGUGGAUGUUUUUGUUUUAUUGCGUCUAAAUAUUUGUAAGUUUUUUAAGUGGUUGGCUGUAAAAGCUUGUAUCCUAUAGGUGUAAUUAGGUAUUUUAACUCUUCCAGCAAUAAGUCUUCAUUGUCUUCACAGAUUUUUAAUUAUUGUUACCACUAACUGUGGCAAGUUUGGUAAAUAAAAGUAUUUGUGUCAAAUUGAUAUACAGGGGUUAUACAAAAAAAAGUAAGAGGCUGUUAAGCAUCAAUGAUGUGAGGGGUUUUGGUCCCCAGUUUCAAUUUUUUAAUUUAAAGCCCAUUUAUAAUGUGAAGCUCAGAAAAUGUUAAUUUUUUAUAAAGAAAGUGUUAAUAUUGUGUUACAUUCCUUAUUGGGUAGAAAGGUGCUUUUAUUGCUUGAAGAGUUAAAAGGUGUUCAGAGGUAUUUGGAGAUACUUGAUACAUCUGACUCCUUAUGUUAUUGACAAUUUGGAAUCAUAUUGUGGUCCUAUCAAGUCAGUACGUUUUAAGUGUUUUCUCAUGAGCUUUAAAUGAUGCACACUUGCCAUUAUAUACUGGAGAUGUUUUUGUCAUUUUCACUUUCUGACAAAGGCAUUAAACUGAUGAACCUCAGCUAAUCAGUAUUACUUUGUAGAUCUCAGCAUCUGGCUUGUUUAAAAAGUUGAUGCUUUUUAUUUUCAAGAUGUGUUUUAAUUGAGAUUGUUUGCAUUGCCCUCAGCUUGCUGGUAAUUAUGUAUUUUAUGUAAUUUUCUUUUAUUUUAUGCACAUGUGAUGUAAUAUUCCUUUUCUUUUGGAUCAGAGCUGGAUUGAAAAUGUAAUGUGUAAUUAUUUGUGCUGUUCUUAUUGUUAUUUGGUACUUCUUAAAUUGUAAAUAACGUCUACUGCUGUUUUAUUCCAGUUUCUACUACCUCAGGUGUCCUAUAGUUCUUCUACCAAAGUACACUUUCAUAAUGAAACUAUAUUUGCUAUGUGACUGUAAUUUCUAAAAUUUCCAGGGCUUAAGGGCUGACUUUUAGCACCUUACUGUGCAAGCAAAAUAAAAAAUAAAAAUCUCUCGGGUUGAAAAAAAUGGUUAAAUGUAUCCUUUGUAAUUUUAAAUAUAUCAAAUAUUUUAAUUAUUGAAAUUUUUACCCCAUUUUGAAACAUUUUAUAGCAUAAUUUGGACCUAUUUUGGUGUUUUUGUCUUUCUAGUAAAUAAAAGUGAUUUCUUUUAUGGA